AUGAGGUUCUCGCCGCUUCUCGGCCUCGGCUGGCUGUCUGCCGACAUCCACACCUCGUUCGGCAACAGCACGCAGCAGCUCGACGGCCCCGUCGCCCCGUCGCCCGUCUACGUCUUGCGGACGACGCAUCCCGCGACAGCCGCCCUCGGCAAGGCCCUCGACACCCUGGGCUACCGUCGGCGCCACCACGGCCCCCGGCAGCAGAGCCUCGAGGGCGACCUCGACUACCGAGAAGCGACGCCGGCGAACACGUACAUCGAGGUGCCGUCGACCGCGCAGUUCGUCGAGAUCGCGCGGUCCGAGCCCAACGCCAGAUUCAUCCUGCCCCGGGGUGCCGCGUCGUCGGACCACGCCCAGCCGGUCCGGUCCUUCUUCGCGCGGGAAUCGCGCUCCCGCCAGCUCCUCGAGCUCGACGUGCUCGCGCUCGAGAGAGCCGCGCAGGCGGACAACUGGGUCGCCCUGUGCGACUACCUGGGCCUGGGGUACAGCGUGGUGGAGCGGCUGGGCCUGUGGCGUUUUCCGAGGUAG